UUCAAGGAUCCAGGGACGGGUAUUGCUCCUUUUUUGUUGUUUUUUAAUAGGUUGAUUCUCUUGCCUCGAGCAUAAUUUACAGCCAAUGAUUCUCGUUAAUCUGUCUGUGGAGCUGAGAUGUGACUGUGCCGUGCAGGUAGGAAUGAUCAGCCAUUCCAACGGGAAUGAAGUCGUCCACGCCGGCCUUUCUUUGCGCCAGUGGUAAUUUUCCAAUGCAUUCCUAGGCGCCUGCGCGUAACCUGAGUAACAUUUCUCGAAAAUACCACUGGGUCAAAACAUGGGCUUCCACGCCUAAUCUGGCUAGAUACGCGACGGCUUCUUCCAGGCAUAUAUAUUGUACUUCCUUUCCUCUAGUCCCAAUUGCUUUCCUCAUCCUCGCAUACAUCUUCAACUCUCUACACACCUUUUCAAACCAAACCAAAAACCAACCCUCCACAUUCAAAAUGGUCUCCGUCCGUUUCAUCGCCGCAGUCUUCGCCGCCACUGCUGCUGCUCUGCCCGCCACCGCCCCUGGCGAGUACUGUGGUUCCGGCAUGGAGCUUAACUGCUGCAACCGCCAGUUCGACUCCAAGUCUGCUGAUAUCGGCCCCCACCAGUCCGGUCUCCUCGCUGGUCUCGUCAAUGGCCUUGCCGGUGGUGAUGGUCUUUCCAUCCUCGGCGACUGCUCUCCCAUCGACCUUGCUUCCCUCAUCGGUGGUGGUGCCCUUCUCAACGGCCAGACCUGCCGUGGCAAGGUUGCUUGCUGCAACCGCUCUCAGUCCGUCGCCGUUGGUGGCCUCCUCAACCUCGCCCUUCCUUGCGUUGCUGUUGGCUCUGCUGUCAACUAAAAGGUUUUCCUUUGACGCGUGAUUUUAGAGGACGGACCCGGUGUUUACUGAUACCUACUUCAAUUUUAAUUUCCUUUGUACUAAUUAAUACUUUUAAAACAUCUUGCAUUUUCCCACUAU